AUGGACGCGCCAGAUCCUCGCACGCGGCAUAAAGUUGCAUUGGAUCCUCCGGCGGUUCUUGCUAAGUCGACGGUGCUUCGGCAAGUCUUGCUCUCCGACGUGUUUUUAGUGCUGGCUCUUCAAGCGGGCAAGGCCUACCUGCUUUCUCCCAACGUUGGUGUAUUCUGGGUCCUAGUUAGGGUGCUCGCCUGCGGAGGUGUGGGUUCUCUCGUCUGGCUCUUAGCUUCUGGUCAGUUGCGAAAGAAGAGAACGGUCGAAUGGCUUGUAGUGGCAGCGUCAUCUUUGCUACUGUUUCUGCGGCAAGCCGGACUAUUCAUAGCCCUGUUCAGGCUUCCGUCCACUCGUGUGAUUAUUAUCACUCACUACUCUGCGUUGUGGUUCAAGUCCGUCUUGAGUCCUACAUCUCUCCUGCAGACAUCUGCCGUAUUGUCCGCGUUGCUGAUAUCCUUUCUCUCGGAUGCUGGGUUCUCACAUCAAAACUUCCGGGAAAUGCUGCCGGCCUAUGGCGCGUUGGCAAUGGAAGCUUUCUCUUCUAGUGUCUUUGAGCACACACAAGGGGUUCUGCUACCCACACUAAACCAACCGAUGAUCAAUAUGCUCAGCGUUAUCGGAGCGUUCGGCUUCAGUCUUCCCAUGUACAUGCUACGGCAUGUUCUGACCGAUGCUCUACCCACACCUUCCGUCUCCAUGAAGGCACUGUCUCUGAUUGUAUUCCUUGCUUUCGUCGUGCUAUAUCAAGCCCCAAAGGCUUCUCGCGCAAUCAGCAAUCCAUCUGCCCCUCCACAAUAUUUUCUGCUAUCUAGCGCUUCAACUGUGAUCGCUUCCGUAGUAUUGGGAAUGCUGCUACUUGGACAAUACCCUAGUGUGACCGAUUGCGUGGUAGCAGCAUUGCUUAUCUACGGAACUUAUCCGAAGAUAUCUGAGUCUGCUAGCGGAUCUCCGUACGCAGCGACGUCACGGACAAUACGCGCAUACCUCAAAUCAAUUCUCUCCAAUCCUGAGUCCAGAAAGAUAUUCUACUUUCUCAUGUUGAACAUGUGUUACAUGCUUGUGCAGAUGCUGUAUGGCGUGUGGACAAAUAGCCUAGGACUUAUUUCCGAUGCAAUCCACAUGGCAUUUGAUUGCAUGGCUAUCGCUGUUGGUCUUAUUGCGUCUGUCAUGGCUCGAUGGCCUCCGAACGAGAGAUUCACUUACGGCUAUGGACGCAUCGAAACGUUGUCCGGAUUUGCCAAUGGCAUCUUCCUCAUUCUCAUAUCCUUCUUUAUUGUCUUUGAAGCCAUCCAGCGGUUACUGGAUCCUCCAGAAAUGAACACAAGCCAACUACUUCUCGUGAGCUCCUUAGGUCUAGCCGUCAACUUAUUCGGCAUGUUCGCCAUGGGUGGGCAUCAUCAUGGUGGGCAUUCUCAUAGCCACGGUCAUGAUCACAGCCAUGGUGUCUCUUCCUCGUCGUCACCGCUCUCCCAUCAUGCUCACCAUGAGAGUCACUCACAUUCACAUAAGCACAACGAAGCAGACCCACGUAUAGCCUCGCAUUCCGAUGAAGAUCUACACUCACACUCGCGUGAAGCUAUACAUGUUCACUCACAUUCACCGCCUCUCACUCAUACACAUGCACAUGCUCGUACCCAUUCACACCUACACGAUCAUAUACCCAUCAUUAGCCUCGAUGAGGGGGCAGAGGAAUCCAUCGAUCGGCUAGCCCCACCGAGGACGAAAGUGCCUCUUCAUGUUCACGUUGGAUUAGACUCCCACCUUACGGACAAUUCGCCGCUCACUCCGAACUACAAGUUUGGACAUGACGAGCACUUCGAUACACACCAUGCAUCUGCUCCCAACCUUCACGAUCACUCGCACGUGCAUGAGGGCGCGAGCGAGGGGCACAGUCACAACAUGCGAGGAGUUUUCUUGCACGUCAUGGCAGACACGCUAGGGUCUGUCGGUGUGAUCCUGUCUACCCUGUUGAUCCAGUUCUACGGAUGGACUGGCUUCGACCCAAUCGCAUCGUUGUUCAUAGCUGUCCUGAUAGCGGCAAGCGUGAUUCCACUGGUCAUAGACACAGGGAAGGUGCUUGCACUCGACAUCGCCGAACGCGAACCGGUGAUUCAGCAGACGUUGUCUGAGCUCCCUUCCAUAGAUGGCUUAGCAUCGUACUCUACUCCCCGCUUCUGGCCCAAGGAUGCAUCGAGCGUUAUUGGGUCGAUUCACAUUCAAUUAUCCCCUUUCCCAUCGUCAUAUGAUCCUUCUGGCCCAUCCUCCACAAGACGAACCACAUUUGCGAGCGUGGAACGCGUAGUGGGGCGCGUGGACAAGCUGCUGAGGAGCAGGAUUGCCGGUUUGGAGGAGUUGACUAUACAAGUGGAAGAGCCGAUACUGUCGCACCAUCAUUAA